GGUUAUCGGCCUGUCUCUUCUGCCUGCCGGGUUGAGAGCCGUGGGAGUGGGCCUCAGGCCGGGUCCGCUACUGCGUCUGAGUGAUGUGCCCUGAAUAACGCUCUCACGGCUUCUUUCCUGGCAGGCGUUGCAGCAUCCUCGGGCUCUAGGGCUCUAGGGAUCUGAGCUUCCCAUUUCCCGCCUGCCGUGGUUUGGCGGCGCUCACGUUGGCCUCCGUCCCACUUCGCGUUCGUUCACCUGUGCCCCUGACACCUGACCUAGCUUGGUCGGAACACAAGCAGAGGAAAGAUUAGAGAAUGGGCACUGUCCAACCCAAGGAGGCGGCGCAGCCUGUCAGGAAGGACAUUGUUUUCUCCAGAAACGCUCCAUGAGAGGAACUUGAGGGCACUUGACAGCGUCCUCAGCAGGCCUUACAGGAAGGCCAGAAGAAGCAAGCCUUUUCUCUUGCAGACCAGUGAUAGCGGUUCAACAAAGCAAGGAUAUAAUUUCUCUGUGGAAUUAAUGUGGUCCAGAGUAAUGAUGCGGGUGUGCUGGUUGGUGAGACAGGACAAUCGGCACCAGCGAAUCAAACUUCCACAUUUGGAAGCAGUCAUGGUUGGGCGCAGCCCCGAGACCAAGAUCACUGACAAGAAAUGUUCUCGACAGCAAGUACAGUUGAAAGCAGAGUGUAACAAAGGAUAUGUCAAGGUAAAGCAGGUAGGGGUCAAUCCCACCAGCAUUGACUCACUCAUAAUUGGGAAAGACCAAGAGGUGAAGCUGCAGCCUGGCCAGGUCCUCCACCUGGUGAAUGAACUUUAUCCAUAUAUCAUAGAGUUUGAGGAAGAGACAAAGAACCCUGGCCUGGAAACACACAGGAAGAGAAAGAGGUCAGGCAACAGUGAUUCUGUAGAAAGGGAUGCUGCCCAGGAAGCUGAGCCCAGUACAGGACUAGAACCUGGGAGCAACCCUAGCCAGUGCUCUGUGCCCCCAAAGAAGGAGAAAGAUGCAUCCACCAAAAAGGAAUCAUCGGGCCACUGGAGUCAAGGCUUGAAAAUUUCAAUGGAGGACCCCAAAAUGCAGGUUUACAAAGAUGAGCAGGUGGUGGUGAUUAAGGAUAAAUACCCCAAGGCUCGUCACCACUGGCUGGUCUUACCAUGGGCCUCCAUUUCCAGUCUGAAGGCUGUGACCGGAGAACACCUUGAGCUCCUCAGACACAUGCACACUGUGGGGGAAAAAGUGAUUGCAGACUUUGCUGGGUCUAGCAAACUCCGCUUCCGAUUGGGCUACCAUGCCAUUCCCAGCAUGAGCCAUGUACACCUUCAUGUGAUCAGCCAGGAUUUUGAUUCUCCUUGCCUUAAAAACAAAAAACACUGGAAUUCUUUCAAUACCGAAUACUUCCUCGAAUCACAAGCUGUGAUUGAGAUGGUACAAGAGGCUGGCAGAGUGUCUGUCCAAGAUGGGAUGUGUGAGCUCUUGAAGCUGCCCCUCCGUUGUCAUGAGUGCCAGCAGCUGCUGCCUUCCGUUCCUCAACUGAAAGUGCACCUCAGGAAGCACUGGCCAAAGUGAUUCUGUGGAGCCUGAACUUCUGCAGCAGGUGUGGCUGAUUGUUUAGAGCAAAUUCCUGACACCUGUUCUGGAUUGUGUGUGAACUUUUAUUUCUUGAAUUAAAACAUGCAAUUAUUUUUUUUUCAAAGCUUGUUCUAGUCCUGAGUGGCCACAGUAUGGGGCGACUUGAAUAGUUCGGGAAUUAGGGUUUGUCAUGGAUGUGUUCUCUGGUGAGGGCGGUUGGGAUAGGCCUGGCCCACCACCUCCAGGAGCCACAUCAGCUCUGACUAAUGGGAGCAAAGCCAUGUUCAAACUGACCAAACACAGGGUAUAGAGGCAGAGGGCUGCUUAUAUAUUUCUGUUUCUUACAUUUAUCCUCCCUCCUCAGAGGCAGGUGGUACCCUUUCAUCAGAGCAGCCAGAAUGAUCUCUUAUUUAUCCCGAAGGCACUGAUUGGUCUUGUUCUCCGAUGUUAAUCUGGUCUGUAGUAUUCUCUCUCUUUCCCUCCUUCAUAGGGAGACUUAGUUUCUUCUGUCCCCUUCAUUGCUUUCUAUCCCAAACCACCCAAAUGCUCCUUUCCCCAGGAAGUCUGUCUCAUCAGUUCUCCUUCACUCUGAGCAAACAGGCUAGGUGAGCGGGUAGAAGGAUGGAGUUUUCUUCUAAUAUCAGGAGUUCCUGGAUGGUAUGGAAAUACUCAGCCAUAUGUUCAUCACAGUUCAGCUGUCAAGUCUUCUUGGUGUCUUGCUUAGAUCUGUUGUCUGAAAAUAAAGUUCAUUUGUUUGGGGUAUCUCUCUUAGGUAAUUGAAAACUAUCAGGAGUUCAGCUAAUAGUCACAGAGUCAGCUCUGAUGCACAAAAAGAUAGUUGUUGAAUGAAAAGUUGCACAGAACCCCAUUGCUUCACUUUUCCCUCAGAACAAAUUUGGAUGGAACAGUUGGAUUAAGUUACUUUUUGGAUAACAUCAAAACUAAAGGCGAAGGGAAGUCUGAAACAUUAUUUUUGAUCAGUUG